GAAGCUGUCUAGCACCAGAGGCGCUGAGGGGCUCGGGAUAAAACGUGAAGCCGGCAGUGCUUGUACUCCUGGAAACAAAGCUGCCCCAAAUUCCUGAGUCACCGUGGAAAGAGGGCUGCACCACCAUUUUGAAACUGGGCAAACCGAAGCAAGAAAUGCUGCCAUAUUGAAUCCUUGCCAGCUUUGUGCUAAAGGGAGCGAGCGAGGGCCUAGGGGAGGAGGUGUAGAGUUUGGACGGAAGGAAGAGUCCAUAUGCUUUAUAGGCAUAUGAAGCCAUACUGACUGCCACGUCGGGACGGAGCAGUUUUCCUCCACUUCUGUGUUAGAAGUUGAUUACGAACGAGGGACGUCAUGCCGCUUGCCUUCGCUUGUGUGAGCAUGGGCAUGCAGUCUUAUUUGUUGCGGGCAUACCGGAUAAGGGAGGCGGAGUGUACACAAUGGAGGAGGGGCUACCACACGGAAGUGACGCAAGAAGCCGCCAUGCCUUUUGAGGGCGGUGACGGCGCCUAGCCGGCCAUGCUGGCUACGGGCACGGCUCGGAUGGCGUCUGGGCGGCCAGAGGAACUGUGGGAAGCCGUCGUGGGGGCCGCUGAGCGCUUUCGGGCCCGCACUGGCACAGAGCUGGUGUUACUGACUGCAGCACCGCCACCACCACCCCGCCCGGGGCCCUGUGCCUAUGCUGCCCAUGGCCGCGGAGCCCUGGCAGAGGCUGCCCGUCGCUGCCUCCACGACAUUGCACAGGCUCACAGGGCUGCCACUGUCACUCGACCUCCUGGUCCCCCACCAGCACCACAGCCGCCCAGCCCCGCUCCUAGCCCACCACCUCGGCCAGCCUUGGCCAGGGAGGAUGAUGAGGAAGAUGAGGACGAGCCCACUGAAACAGAGACAUCUGGGGAGCGGCUGGGCGGUAGCGAUAACGGAGGUCUCUUCAUGAUGGAUGAGGAUGCCACCCUCCAGGACCUGCCCCCUUUCUGCGAGUCAGACCCGGAGAGCACAGAUGACGGCAGCCUGAGUGAGGAGACACCCGCCGGUCCCCCAGCCUGCCCCAAGCCCCCGGCCACAGCCCUGCCUACCCAGCAGUAUGCCAAGUCUCUGCCCGUGUCGGUGCCAGUGUGGGCCUUCAAGGAGAAGAGGACAGAAGCCCGAUCGUCAGAUGAGGAGAAUGGCCCGCCCUCCUCGCCCGACCUAGACCGAAUAGCGGCUAGCAUGCGCGCGCUGGUGCUGCGGGAGGCUGAGGACACCCAGGUCUUCGGGGACCUGCCGCGGCCGCGGCUCAACACCAGCGACUUCCAGAAGCUGAAGCGGAAAUAUUAGGCGUGGAGAAAGCCUCGGCGCCUCGGCGCGCGCGGGAGGCCACUGUCUGCUCUGCCCAGCAACAGAACAAUUCUUUAUGGGAUUGGCUCGCUCCGGUUGGGCGGAGCUGGUUCUAGACGCUCAGAGGGUCAACUCCGUUUCUUGCCUAGCAACAGAAGCUUUGCCCGCACAGCCUUGACUCGCGGCCCCAGGGCGGAGCCCAGCUGCGGGAGCUGGCGCUGCUCAGCCAGUGUCCGAAGAGUUGCCAGCCGCCCUUCCAGGGUUCCCCUACCCAAUCGGUCCCGGCCUCCUGGGAGUGUGGCCAAGCCCUCCCUAACCCAGAAUUGGCCCGAGGCCUUGAAUUUCUUACACUACUAGGGCUGUUAAUGGAUUCUUUUUGUUUUGUUUUUCUUUGCCUGGGUCCUGACACUUGUAUCCCGGUCUCCCAGAGGACAGUCUCUGCGUCUGACGCCCCAAUAGGUUCCACCGCACGACAGCCUGUCCAUCAAAACUUGUCCUGUACCCAGGACGGUACCAGCUUCCUGACCCCGACCCUAACAGGUGCCUUAAAAGGCCCUCUCCCACCCAAGGUGGGGGGGCCAGGGGGCCUCACUUUCCGGCCCUGGACUUGGGUGCGGGAGAGUGGGAAGGGGAUCGGGAGAGGCGCUCUGAAAUUAAAGUUUUACCUCUGACAAGUGA